AUUGUGAAUAGUUUCGUUUUCUCAGAGUAUCUCUGUGGUGGAACUAAAGCAACAAUUCUGAGCAGAUUAAACAACAAAACGCGUUUUAUAAAAUGGGAUAUUUAUUUCGUGGGAAUUUGAUAAAGUAAAAAUAGUCCACAUCACUAGUUAGGUUAUGUCAAAACAACGUCAUCUGAAAAAUCCACAUAAGCUUUUCCAUGUAGACCCCAAGUUUUUCAAGUUAGUCGGUGUAAAAACUAUGAUUCUUAAGGGAAUUUAGAUAAUAUUUCAAUUCCGAUAAAAUUAUUUUAACACUUUACUAUAGGAAAAUGAAGACGUGUUUGGUAUUUAUUCUAAUUUUAGAGCUAGUGCAAUAUAGUAUAGCCACAGAAUUAACUUUUGAAUUGCCAGAUAGUGCCAAAGAAUGUUUCCACGAAGAAAUACAAAAGAACACAAGCUGUACUUUAGAGUAUCAAGUAGUAACUGGAGGCCAGUAUGAUGUAGAUGUAACUCUAGAGGAUCCUAAGUCAAAUGUUUUGUACAAACAAGUUAGAAUGCAAUUUGAUUCACAUAAUUUUGUAGCACAAGAACAUGGGGUAUAUAAAGUGUGCUUCAGUAAUGAAUUUUCUACUUUUUCACAUAAACUUGUAUAUAUGGACUUCCAAGUAGGAGAUGAGCAACCAUUGCCUGGCGUUGGUGAACAUGCUACUGUCCUAACACAGAUGGAGUCUUCUGCCCAAGAUAUCCAUAAAUCUUUAAGUUCAAUAUUGGACUAUCAGACUCACCAUCGUUUAAGGGAAGCUCAGGGUAGAAAACGAGCUGAAGAACUAAAUGAAAGAGUGUUAUGGUGGUCGAUUAUGGAAACUUUGGCAGUUAUAACUAUUGCAUUUGCACAAGUUUUUGUACUAAAGAACUUUUUCACAGAUAAAAAACCCAACACACAAUUUAAAUAAAACUGAUCUGAUUCGAGUGUAAACUCUUUCCUUUUUAAUACAUUAUUACAAAAUGCAUUUUAGAACAUUUUAAAUUGAAUACAAGUACCGGUUAUUUUAAUUACAAUUUUUGUUGAGUAAUUAUAAUUUAUUUGUAAUUAAAAAUGUAUUAAAGAUGAAUGAGCAAUUGUAUGGAACAUUUUCAUAAUGAAAAGGUAAAUUUAAAAUUUACUUUCUGGUUGUAAAUAUAAUAGGGGCUGAUUUUUGUUUAACGAAAUAUUUGGAUAGUUUUCAUUUCAUGUAUUAGCAUGUACAUUUGUCAUUCCAUACUGUUAUUCUGUUUUUGAUUAAAUUGAAUGUAAAGAAAAUUUAUACUACUUAAAAUAAAUAUAAACAAUC